AUGUCGAUGUUCCGAUCAGCAGCGGAUCUAUCAUCGUCAGACUCUGAAUCAGAAUACGAGUCGGAGGAUAGUCAGGUUCAGCAGUCUGAGUCGUCAACUCCCCGCAAUGCUGCAAAGAAUCACUCGCGCAGCCCGAAGGGCAAGGCCAAGCAAGCCCCAAAGGACUCGGAUUCAACAGACCAAGACCCUUCGAGCACACAGGAUAUUGUUGAUUUGAAUCUCGAUCAGCAUACAAACGUGAUGACAGCUGCUCUGUUGGAAUUCUAUUGUGAAAGUCGAGCAGCAGACAUCCUCAAUGCUCAACGGGGUUCAAACAAAACAUUCAGUCGGCAUAGCCCCGAGGCUCGUUACCUUGGCCAGGAAUUGUACAAAUACAAAUCACAGUUCUUAUCGGCUCAUGGUAUCUUGGCCGACGGCAUUGCCAAAGAGGAACUGGGACCAAGUAGGCAGAGUUACCGAGAUAACCUUGACUUGCUUGGAAUAUCUGCCCUCGAGGAGAUGAACUUCCAUGAUCGUCAACCACGGCCUAAGAUCGGUGCUGCCGAAGACCUCGCAUUAAUAACAAAGGCAUGGAUGAAAAGAGCCGGCGAGGAAAAUAUGGAGAACCCAGCUUUGUUCCGACGGAACACCGACCCGAUCGCAACGCUUAGAAAACAGCUUCCUCCUAGCAAUGUUGACUUCAUUCCAAGUGUUCCUCACAGGCCAAUGAAUCUCCCCAAUCCCUCGAUCCCCCUUUUCGGGAGUUCGCCUGUAGGAGUCCCGCUUUUCAAUUCCCCGACAGCAUCCUACAAUCAUUUGUCAAGAUACUCUGUCGAAUUUCAGGAGCUCAAAAUUCUAGGCCGCGGGUCCUUCGGCGAGGUUUACCAAGUCACAAAUCACAUCGACGGGCAAGACUAUGCUGUCAAGAAAAUUCCACUCAGCCAAAGACGACUUGAGCAGCUCCAGUUCGGGGGUCAGAAUCAGCUCGAAACUAUCAUGAAAGAAAUCCGAACCCUUGCCCGCCUUGAGCACAAGAAUAUUGUUCGAUAUUACGGGGCAUGGGUUGAGCAAGCGCAUCAUUCACACCCGACCCCAGUCAAACACCAAGAUUUCCACCCGUCCUACGAUGAACAGUCGCAGAACAAUCUCCCUUCUCCAGGUACCCCAAAUGAGCAUAGCAUGGGCAUUGUCUUUGAACAUUCUGAAAACUCGAAUCCCGGGUCUCAGUCAACCUCUCCAUUCGCAGAUCAUAGUUUCUCCGAAAGCAUCAAACGCUGGGACAGCCGCGCGACUACUUCGUCUCACCAAUCAAAGAAAAGUUCACGAAGAGGACUGGAGGAGGAUGAUGACAUUGAAUCCAUUCCACGCCAUUUCGACGGAAACACAUCCGUGGGUCAAACUUCCUCGUUUGGGGAAACUGACGACAUCUUCACCGAUGGUCUGAGCCAAGACCGGUCUAAACUCCAAAUUCAGACCCGUUACCGGCCUGGCCAGCAACCUCCUGCGGUCAUUCUUCACAUUCAAAUGUCACUCCAUCCUAUCUCCCUCGCUUCGUAUCUAAAGCCCGAGGCCGCUCCAAAGCAUGACGAUUGCCUAACCUCCAGGCGCCAUUGCUUCCACUUAAUACCCUCACUGAAGCUCAUGCUGGACAUUGUUUCAGGUGUCGAGUACCUCCACUCAAAGGGGAUUGUACAUCGUGAUUUGAAGCCCGCCAACAUCUUCUUGUGUGCACCAGAAAACACCACAGCAGAUACAUGCGUCGCGUGCAGCUCUAAGCAAGAUUCUCCAGUCCAAUUCUGUCGUCCCCGUAUCGGGGACUUUGGUCUCGUAGCAGACAUCUCUCAUAUCAACGAGCCCUCACAGGGAACUAUGACACCCUAUCAAAAAGGACCGAAAAUCCAGCGCGUAGUUGGAACUGAGUUCUACCGGCCUCCGGCCAAUUCAUCUUCGCCUCGGAAUGACCCGGACUCCCCAGUGGAUUACUUCGAAUAUACAAUCGACGAGAAGCUCGAUGUUUACGCGCUUGGUGUCAUCUUCUUCGAGAUCCUUUAUCGUCUGAACACGAAGAUGGAAAGACAAUUUGUCUUGAAUGAUUUGACUCGCGGGUCAAGCCAGAAUCCCUCCGAGCGCACUAUAUUCCCGGCAGAUUUCGCUGUCAAGAUUGAUCAUGGCUCGCUAAUGCUGGACAAUGACGUCUCAGUUGCGGAGUCUCUAAUGAAUUGUAUGAAGGGCAUGUUGGAGCCCAAUCCCCAGCAGCGGUGGACUUGUCAGAAUGUCAAAGAGUAUUUGCGAGCGACGAAGAAAGCUGUUCGCCGAUUCGAGGAAGCACAGAAAUAA